CGCACUAGUUAUUUGGAUUUUGAAUGGAGAUGUAGAAAAGUGUGAUAGUUUUCUUCUAAAAUUUAAUUUAAAAAAAAAAAAAGAAAAUGGGUUUAUUAACAAUUCUGAAGAAGUUAAAGAAAAAGGAGAAGGAAGUUAGGCUUCUUAUGCUUGGUCUAGACAAUGCUGGGAAGACAACAAUUCUGAAGAAAUUUAAUGGAGAAGAUAUCAAUACCAUAUCACCUACACUUGGAUUUAACAUUAAGACAUUAGAACAUAGAGGAUUUCGCUUGAAUAUGUGGGAUGUCGGCGGCCAGAAAUCUCUUAGAUCAUACUGGCAAAAUUACUUCGAAAGUACGGACGGACUCAUUUGGGUGGUGGAUAGCGCAGAUCGCCGCAGGUUACAGGACUGCAAAAAUGAAUUGCAUGCAUUGUUGCUUGAAGAAAGAUUACUUGGAGCUACACUUUUAGUGUUUGUUAAUAAGCAAGAUUUGCCUGGUGCAUUGCCUGCUAAUGAAAUUAAAGAGAUUCUUGAGUUGGAUACCAUAAAAAGUCAUCACUGGAACAUUCUCCCAUGCAGUGCCAUAACUGGAGAAAAUUUAUUGACUGGAAUCGAUUGGGUCUUGGACGAUAUAGCAUCUCGUAUAUUCACCAUGGAUUAAAAAAAAAAACAAAGCAUUUUAUUUGAAUAAAGUAAUAUGCAGAUGUAAUUUAUUUAUAUCUAUAUGUAUAUAAUGUUUUCUAUAUGGUCUUCCAGCUUGCAAUUCAGUCAUUACUUUUGCCUCCUCCUGAUAUUUUGAUAUUGUACUUCCAUGUUUUAAACUUAUUUGUAUGCAUGAUGGAAAGUAAUUAGACGAUCACGAACAAAUAUUUUAUUGUAUAUAACCAAUAAUAUUUAAAGCUUAU